AUGACAGUAACAGCAGUUGUAAACUAAACUAAACUAGUCAAUGUACGUCUUGAAACAUAAUUUUCAUGUGUUGUUCUCCCAGCUGUUAUUUUGUUCUUCCUCUUUUGGGGCGGGACUCGGGGAGAAAGAAGAAGAAGAAGGACGGAGCAUUGAGUUUGUUGGUUUUAAAGAGUCUGACAGCACAUCUCUGAUUACCAAGAGACAGUCAAAAUGAGUGACUCUGACUCCAGUGUCAGUGAUGACAUCAUGGAGCAUCAUCCAGUGCCAUAUGCUGUCCAUCCCCACCACCACCACCAGAAUGGUUUCUCCCACUCCAUCUCCUCCACUCCCACCACGAUGGUCCAUGUCCAUCCCUCACAGUCGGCCUUCAGCCAGAGUCGGGACCCUCGGAUUGCGAGCUUUGGACGGGGCCGAAGGCAAGAUCCGAUGUCCGACACAACAACUCUUCAACAAAUUGGUGGAGAAGGUGGUAAUGCAUUCUCAUUUACUGGUGAAAGCAACGGUGCCAGUUUAGAGAAGAUCGGAGUCUGGGUGGGAGGGUGGCAGGUGAAGACUCUCAAGGUCUGGCUUACAGAUGGGAGAGUCAAAGAAUUUGGUGGACUAGGUCCCGACUUUGAUAGACAAGGACCUUAUAUAGAGUUCAUGUUCCAGCCUGGUGAGCGCUUCACCUCACUGUCCCUGUGGGGGAACGCAGAAGAAACACGUCUUGGAGCCAUCAAAUUCACGACCAAUCAGGGGAGAGAAUUCUUCGCAAAGAACAGCCCGGAUUUAAUAAGAGAAUACUCCAUUGAUGUCGGCUCUGGGUUUUGUUUGGGAGUUGUAGGAAGAUCUGGUUGGGAAAUUGACAAGUUCGGGUUCAUGUUUCUCAAAGAAGUUGAAUCAGCCGUUCUGACCGAUGUGAACUAUCCCACUCUUCUGAUACCAAAGGUGGCGGUAGAAGAAAUCAAAUGCGUCACUUUCAGGAACGACUCCUCCGCCACUCAAAAACAAAAAGUUGAAACCUCAAAGAAAGUGGUCAAAACAUCUUCAUGGUCAAUAAGUGAUAGCCUCACAUCAAUGUUUAUUAUGGACGUGAAGGCUGGGAUUCCAGCGGUUGUUGAAGUUUCUUCAUUAUUCAGUGUCAGCGUUGGAUCAGAAAGCACUUAUAGUCAGGAGCACACAGAUGAGAGAACCGAAACUCUGACUACCGAUUUAGAGGUCCCACCAGGGAAGAUGGUGAAUGUCUCCAUCAUCAUUGGCAGAGCCACUUUUGACAUACCGUACACCGGCACAGUGAAGAUCACCUGCAAGAACGGCGGUGUGUUACAGUAUGGGACCAAGGGCACAUACAAAGGAGUCACUUACACUGAUAUCAAAGUGGAGACUAAAGAAUCUCCUUUGUGAUGUUAAGACAGAUUGCACUUGUGAUGCACACAAUCAUCAUGUAUUUUUGGGGUGGUGUUUGGGUGUUCAGGGGAAAUAUAUAUUCAAUAUUUGUUGUCUUCUAAUAACCUGAUAUAAUAGCAAUACACUAAUAUUCAGCUGCAUACUUUGUGUAAUCACUUUAAAAUAAUCUCUAGAUACUGAUUCUGUGUUCAAUGACAUUUCAUAUUUUUUAUUUUAUUUUUUAAUUAAAUAAACCCUGUGUUGCAAGUAUUGUUCCCUCUACAUAUUUUCAUUAAUUUUCUCUAUUAGGCGAACAUUUCAGCAACAUGAGCAACGGGCUUUAUACCAGACCUGAAAAGUGACAAAAAGUGGUUAAAUCAUAAUAGUUGUAACUUUAAUGUGCUAUUUCUGUUUGAUUCGACCCUUAAUGUAACUUAGUGAUAUUAAACCACAUAUUUGAAAACAA